CACUCUCGGGAGAGCUAGAUGUGAAGAUUGCGGCGAUUUCGGUGGCUAUAUCUACCUUCUUACCUGUCGGCGCGUGUGCUUUCUGUGUUUCCGCACGGCAUGCAGAUUUUACCCAUUGCAAAUUGCAGAGGCUUCCAAGCAAUACGGGAUCAAGAAAGACUCACUUUGCGACAUUCCUACCAUGCGGAGCGUUCCAGGUGUGUAUACGGGCGCGGAAAAGGCAAGGCGCAUACCAAUGGUGCUGCUUGAUCGGGACAUGGUCCGUCAGCGGGCGAUAGGUUUACAUGGCUCAGAAGAUCGUAUGCUGGACUUCCUCAAACAGAAAUCAACCAGUCUAGAAGCGCAAUAUCAGGAUCGCUGCCGCGCCAGGGAGGCCGGACAAACUGACAAGCGUUUGAGAAAGCCAACCCCAACGCAACCUACAAACGGACGCCCAGGGGAUCCGCGACGGUACAUGGCUAUUGUGCAAGCACCAUACGUCAACCACCAGACAUGCAAAGUUGAUUUUGGGAGAUUCUGUAGUGCAUGUGCAAGAUCGUAUGCCGACCACGAAUGGAGAAGGAGAUAUGUAUCCCAAUCUUUUGCUGAGCAUCUCCACCAAUGCGGUCAAGUGAUUGAUGGCUCCCAUCAAAUCAGAUCAAGGAAUUCGUCCACGUCAACAUGAUGGUCUC